AUGCACCGACCGUUGGACAGGGGUGGGGCCCAUGGGCCGAGAGAGGGCGUGGGUGACUCACCGGGAGGGGCGGCGGGGGCGUUACAUAAAGAGUGCAAUGCUCCAAGACUUGUAUCUUCGAUUGUACGAGACUGUUCGGUUCUGAUGAACUAUGAGUUCAAUCAUUUGGGUCGGAUUUGGGUGGUGUGGAAGCAAAAUACACAUAUCACUCCUUCUUUCAAGAGUGGGCAACUUAUUACCUGCUCAGUAAAGUUGGAGGAUCAAGAAGAUGGAUUUUUCUGCCCUUUUGUUUAUGCCUCAAACUCAAUGGAAGAGCGGAAAUAA